UGUGUACUACACAUUUCACUUUUAAAAGGUAAUAGAAGAAGGGUUUUGCUUCAUAAGCGGGAGGCUGUUAGCACAAGAAGGGGGUAUAUAGGCUGCUGCUGCUUCUACUGUGGAUUUACUUGUAUAUUUAUUUACUCUGGUAUGUUUAUUAGUUGGCUGACGGUUUCUCUGUAUGGUUGCUUCCUUCAGGUUUUACAACAGUUGGCCCAAGAUGAUGAACCUCAACACCUGUAACAUGUGUCGAAAUUGCUCUGGAUUUCGGCGGCAUGGGAAAGUUGGUAUUUCCGGUCUGCCAUAUUCUUCUGCUUCUUCCACAGCGCCUCUGUCCUCUCACUUAAGGUCCAAUCCAACUACUACUCGUAUCUCCAGUCCUUCUGUUGCUUAUGCCAGUGUAGAUGAUGCUUUGGCUUCGUUUAAUGGGAUGCUCCACAUGAGUCCUAGGCCUUCCAUUGUGAAAUUUGGCCAGCUGUUGUCGUUUCUUCUGAAAAUUAAUGCCCCCAAAGCUGCGUUCUUCGUAUCUCAACGAAUGGAGUCGGCUGGAAUCCCGCACAAUCUUCAUACACUUGGUCUUCAACCCAAUGUCGUUAUCUUCACCACCUUGAUUCAUGGGCUCUGUAAAGAUGGGAAAGUUGUUGAGGCUGUGAAGUUGGUGGAUAAGAUUCGGAUUCUGGGAUGUCAACCAAAUAUAUUCACUUACAACUCAGUCAUUAAUGGACUAUGUAGGGCAGGACAGACAAAUGUUGGUCUUGAAUUGCUCAAAAAAAUGGAAAGUUUAGGUUGCCAGCCUGACGUCGCUAGUUACAACACAGUCAUUGAUAGGUUCUGUAAGGAUGGGUUGGUAUCUAAAGCUCUAGAUGUGUUUUCUAGGAUGAAGGAUAAAAAGAUUCCACCCAAUACUGUUACUUACAGUUGCUUGAUUUAUGGUUUAUGCAUCGCGAGCCAGAGGAAUGAAGCUUUGAUGUUAUUGAACGAAAUGGUUGAGGAAAAUAUGACGUUGGAUGCGGUUACCUUCAACAUAUUGGUCGAUGCUUGUUGCAAGGAAGGAAAUGUUUUGGAGGCUAAAGUUAUAACCAAAAUGAUGAUUCAAAGUGGAUUGCUUCCGGAUACCAUCACUUGCAAUUCAUUGAUGGAUGGUUAUUGUUUGCGCAACGAAUUAGGCAAAGCUAAGAAGUUAUUUGAUAUCAUGGUCAAUGCUGGAUGUGAACCUAGUGUGUGUAGUUAUAAUAUCAUGAUCAAUGGAUAUUGUAACAAUAGAAUGAUGGAUGAAGCCGAACGAUUACUGAAUGAUAUGCUCGAGAAGGAUUUGGCCCCAGAUACAGUUACAUAUAAUACUCUGAUGAAUGGAUUAUGCCUAGUGGGAAGGCUCAAAGAUGCACAAGAACUUCUGGAGAAAAUGUGCAGUCGAGGUGUCUACCCAGAUGCUGUGACGUUCGGGAGUCUGCUUGCUGGUUUGUGCAGGCUAGGUCAUCUUGAUACGGCGUUAACUGUAUUUGAAGAAAUGGGAAGUAGGAGGGUGAAGUGUGAUGUAGUCGUCUAUAGCAUUCUUAUCGAUGGUUUGUGGAAAGCAGGGAGAGUGAAGGGAGCAAAGGAAAUGUUUUCUAGGCUCUGUGAUGAUGAAGGUUUGCAACCUGAUACCCACUGUUAUAACAUAGAAAUCGUUGGACUAUGUAGCCAUGGUUUUGUAGACGAAGCAUUCGAUUUGUUCAGAAAGAUGGAAGGGAGCAGUUGUCCGCCAGAUGGUAUCUCUUAUAACGUGCUUAUCCAUGGAUUUCUUCGGCAUAAAGAUCCACUUGAGGCAGUGGAACUCAUUCGUGAGAUGGUGUCUAAAGGUUUUUCAGCUGAUGCAACCACAAUGAAGUUGCUGAUAGAAUCAAUACCCGACAAUCAGUUGGAUCAUCCACUGCUCAGAAAGCUACUGAGCGAUUCUGAUGAUGAACAGUCAGGAGAUGGCUCAUUGUGAUCCCUUGUCGUUCUUAUUGCCUAUGUUCCGGGUCGUGAAAACUGACUUCGGAGUGCAUGCUUGACAAGUUCCUAGAAUGGGGCAGCAGGUUCUCUCCCUGGUCAUUACAGGCAGAAAGAGGAUUGAUAACUGUGACAGUUUCUGUGUGAUUAAUUUUUUGAAGCCGAAAACGAUUGGCAGCAACCCCAAACACACACUGUGCUCUUCAAGUGUGUUAUUACAGUAGCUGAAAGAAGAAAAGGCGGUUAUACCGUAUUUCCUUGUACAUAAUUUGAGGGUGUGUGGGUGAAUCAGAGUGUAGACAGGCUGAUAAUACUUCUGGGAGCAGUCUGGUAAGAUUCAUGAAUAGGAGCUCAUCCAACUGAUAAAGAAGAAGCUGCAAACAGUUUUACCGCCAUCAAGAGGCCAUGUUGUCGGUUAUCUUUCGACCGAAAUAACUUGUCUAACGAGCAAAGUCCCGAACGCAUACUGUAGCGUGGCUUUUUGUUGGCUUUUCAUACCGCCAGCAGCAUCUGCAUGGCUGCCAUAAUACAGCCUGUUUUUAGUU